CUGAAAGAGCCUGAGCUGAUAGCGGUCUGCUCUGCAUUCGACACUUCCACUUUCGGUAUUGCCCUGAAGGAAUAUGUCGACUUGUUGCGAAGGUUGCGGGAAGGAAUGUGGCUCACGAAAUGCUAUAUUCCGACACCUCAAGGACAACAAGGGAGAGUGCCUAGACAAGGAGCAGUACCAAGAUUUUUUGCGCUAUGUCCAAAACCAAAAGCGGGAGAAGACCAUGGUGCUGUACGGAUACUUGACUGCCAAAGAUGAAGUUCCGCCUGAAGCUAUUCUACAUAACGGCCAUGACGCCGCCAAUCUUCUACUGCAAAUAAUUGAGCAACAUUCUUCAUCUUUCAAUAUUACUCCUGGGGUACCUUCUCAAACAGAUGAGAAUAGCAAUACCAAACUUACUAGAUCUUACGGUAACACAGCAAGAAAUACGAGCGUUCUAGAGCAAGAUAGCUACACAGGUGCGAUUACGGAAGCCUUGUGUGCCAGACUCCCACCAAUUGGGGUGUCCGAUUCGACGUGGUCAGACGAAAUCAACAAAAUCCUGGACGAGCAGCUGCAGUCUACACCCGGUCAAAUGAUGGUUUUUGGUCGACGAAAAAUGACAAUAUCAAAAUUUAAUGCUGAAAUGGAUGUUACCCAUCGCCGAGUUGAAUAUCUUUUGCCCGCCGAUUUUUUGUUUGCUCCGAAUGCGACUCCCAACGAUAAUCGAUCUGAUUUUCUUUCCUCACUGCCCUCCUUUACGGACGGAAGCUACAGAGAUCGCAGCGAAGGACAAGUCAACUUUCAGGGUGCGCCUAGUUACGAUUCGAGCAAUGAUCGACGGCGGCCCGAUCCAGAAACACUUCGCUAUCUCCACAAUCUGAAAAAAUUGAUGCAAAGACUCACCACGCACAUAGAAAAACUCGAUACCAACGACAAAGCAGCCGUUUUGGAGAAAGACUUUAAUCGGCAAAAACGGCACAAGAAUCGACACGCCAAUUCACUGAAGAAAGAAGCAAAGGGCGAGCGGCGCCUUGAAAAAUCGCAGAAUACAUUGGUGCAACCAGAGACGAAGCGUCCCAAAAAAGAAGACAAAAAGGGCCAAAACGUGUUGCGUCGAAAGCGAUAUCAUAAUUUCACACCUUCCGUUCUAGCGCACGAUUUUUUGGCGUAUCGUCGUCUUGACCGCAUUUAUCACCGGGCGACACUGCGGUUUUCGCAGAGUACAAAAGGAGUUCUGACGCUCAGUCAAAACGCCGAAACCAAGCGACCCUUUCUCGUUUUAUCUUUGUCAGGAGAUAUCUUUUUGACCGGCCAAGUUUGCCGCAUUGUUGGGUUGUUCAUUGCUUUAAGCAAGGGUGUGAUCGACGAGGACUUUUGUGACUGCGUUUUCGAUGAAGCCUACCCUCAUCUUGUCUCUACUCCAGCGGCGCCAACAACAGGGAUGUAUGCUGGGGAAGCUUACUACAUGUCAAUGGAGGGCAAAUGCAAGGCUGUCUUGACUCCAAGAAAAAGUACGAUAUUCCAAGACGGCUGGAACGAUGACAAGACUCUUCAGAAAGUAUACUCGUGGCAACAAAGGGUGCGAGCAGAUGCCGCAGCUGCCUGGAUGGCUUUAGGGGAGGACAAAGAGGGCCGGCUCCUUGCGGAGAGAGAUUGGACAAAAGAAGUUCUUGAGCCAUGGGCGAUUCGGGCGAAAGAGCAGUUGAAAGAGUACCGGCAGUGGAAGAUGUCCAAGAAAACUAAUGUUUUGCAUGCAACGACUGGGGGAGCAGAAACACGGGCUCUAGAACCCCCUAUCGCUUCGAUCGAAACAGCGAUUCCAUCGUUGUUCGAGAAAGUGCUUCGUUAUUUGCGUGAUGCUGACAAGAGUGGAUUUUGGCCGUCUACGACUCCUAAACGGCAGCUUGUGAUGGUUUCUACUGUUGUUGAAGGCAAGUCAGAAUCGUGCGACAACCCUUUCGAAUCGGGUGCGAUGCCGGCAUCGUUAUCUGUGGCCCACAUGAAGGCCCGCUCCAACAAGAUUGACAAAUCGUCAGCGUAUAUAUACGUAGAAGGGGAAGGAGGAGCAAGUGGCUCGUUUUCAGUCGGAGCCAUGCCAGGUGAAGCAUGCACCCAGCCGAAAGGGAAUGAACUUUUUCCGGAACUAAUGAGGGCAGCAUUUGAACUCGAGAUUGCACUUUGCCCAAAUCGGGAGCCUAGUAGCACAAUAGCGAUCAACCGGAAUGCUCAAUUCCGUCCACACACCGAUAGUGGAGCCGGAGCCGGGCAGAGCUCCAGCUUGAUUGUCGGGCUCGGGUCGUACUCUGGAGGUGAAUUGGUGGUAGAAGGUGAACAAAAAGAUAUUCGGUAUCGGGCGCUUGAAUUUAAUGGAUGGAAACAGCGACAUUGGACGAUGCCGUUUCAUGGCGAGCGUUUUAGCCUAGUAUGGUUUACACCGAAAGGUUGCGAAGGAGUUCGCGGUAUUGACCUGUGCAAAAACAUCGGGUAACGUUUAGGUUUUUUCCCGAACGUCUCCGAUGAACUAGAUAAAAGUUUCGUAAGUGGUAGUAGAAUGAACGAAAUGGAUCUGGG